CCAUUUUGUUGGAUUAAUUUGCUUCCUUUUAAUUCCAGAUGCAUUCUCAAUUCCAUCUAUUAAGAGUAAUCAUACUGUCAUGUCAAUAAGAAAAUUACAAUAGCUGAAUCAUCAUCAUUUGUCAGAAUAUGGGCAAUAGGGGAUGCUGGGUAAUGAUACAAGUUGCCUAAAAUUUAGGAGUUUAGAUUCUAACUCUUCUUUAAAAGUUUCCAAUGUAUAACAAGUGAUCACUUUUAAUACUUUGCAAGAAAAGUUGGCUUUUUUUAUUUGUUAAUCUUUGAUAAAUAUGAUUAGCAGAAUUCUAUAUUAGUCAUUGAAGCUGCAGAGGGUUGGAUGAUCUAGUUCUGUAUGCUGGUACAAUGAUUGAAUUAUUUAAGGUUCCUCAGACAUUUUCACCUGGAUGAGCUUAUAAAACAUUAUGUUGAUACCUGUUGUGAGGAAGGGGCAGCAAUAGGCUGGAUAGGAAGGGGAUCAUUUUCCUACUGUUAGAGGAUGCCAUCUAGGAGUAGUGAUUUGUCUUUUUUAGAGUAUUUCUGAUGGAAGGACCCACUAUUCACGUGGAGAGGGGAUGUCUAAUGGUAAUCCCAUAAGACAUAGGAAUGGUCAUUUAGAAAUCUCCAAUCUUCUCCCAACCAAUUAUCAUCUAUCUCCCACGUGGGACUCCUGGACCCAUCACCAGCAUCCCCCCUCCCCCACUCUCUCUUCCCUUUUAGGUUCUUUAUCUUACCCUUCCACAUCACUCUUGCAUAUGAUCAUGAUAUCGUAAUAUUGCACCAACUGUAUAUAUUCUCCAAGGAUAUGUAAUUUCAUUCUCCCUGUUAAAAUUUCAUAACAAGCGAUAACAUAGUUGUGUUUUUCUUUGGAUCAUGGGGGACUCUUCUGCUUCAUACAUACACAUGGUGCAGCAUCUUAUAGAGAAGUGUCUGAUCUUUCGCAUGACAAAAGAGGAAUGCAUGGAAGCCCUCUCGAAACAUGCAAGCAUAGAACCUGUCAUCACCUCUACAGUGUGGAAUGAAUUGGAGAAAGAGAACAAGGAAUUCUUCAAGGCAUACGCUCAAUACAAAAGCAAAGAUGAUCGGAUGUCUGAGGAGGAAACUAGUCAAAUAAUCCAGAAAAUGAUGUCGGAAUCCUCUAAAGCUACCGAUGACUAAACGUUAUGAUGCUAUGCGAAAAUGAUAUGCACUCUCUCUCUCUCUCUAUCUAUCUCUAUCUCUUGUACUGGUUGGUAGUUUUGGCUUUCCCUUCCAAUUCUAAUCCUGCCAAAAAGGACUAGCAUAUGUACAUACGAAACUACACUACGGAAGGGUAAAUUAUAAGCUGAAUCCGAUGCAUGCUAAAAUAAUGGAUAUAAUGUUCCUUAUUUAGUAUAAAAAAUCCCAUGUUACCAAUCACAGAAUGACACAUACAUUGUGUUGGAAAAAUUUCAUGCAUGUCUUGUAAACUUUGAAUGAUGUAAUUUGACACGGUGGAUUAUGCAUAUCGAUUCUAGUGGUUGUA